AUGCGCGCUUGUUCCUAUAGUUACCUAGACGCUGAAGUUUUUCUACCUUCAUCAUCCAAAAAGGGACGUAAACUGUCCAAGGCUCAGAAGGCGAAGCAGCUGGAAGAGGAGGAGGAGAGGAGGCGGCGAGAGGAAGAGGAAGCCCGGCUACAGGCAGAGAGAGAGGAACAGGAAAGACUGGAAAGAGAGAGAAAGGAGCAGGAGCUGGAAAGGCUGGAAUUAAAGGACAGAGAGCGCAGAGAGGAUGAGCUGAAUGAACUGCGCCGCCUACUGGAGGAGAAUCACACUGCAGUAACCAAAUGGAAAAGUGAUGCUGUGGAGAAAGCCAAGUGGGAAAGGUACAUGCGUUGUGAUGGUACCCCGGACCCAUCAGUGCAGCAGGAUAUUAACACAUAUAUCAGCCUGUGGAGAGAUGACCCAGAGGUCAACAUCACACCUGUGCUCAAGCAAUGCAACCUCGCUCUACAGCUGGUUGAGGAGCUGGAAGGUCUGCUCAGAGAUGUUACGGAUCCACAAGAGGGCCAGACGUACCAGGAGGCUCUCAUGAAUUUGCAAGAUCUAAUUCACUCUAAACACCUCCUCGCCACUGAAGAGAUCCUAAAGAGGGCCAGCGCAAACACUGACACUGAAACAGGCAACAUGCAGACUGUGGUGAAAGAUGACAACAGUACCCUGUGUCUGUGGGCCAACCUCAAGAAGAAUCCCAGGUUUAAAGGUUUAAACUUUGAAGAGGUCAGCCUUGGCUUUGAGCUUCCAAAGCAGUUGGCUGUCAGAGAUAUUGCCGUACGAAUUCUCCACACACACUACGACCACCUGUCCUUGCUCUCCAGGAUGGCUCACCUGAGAAUACACACACCUAGCCACAGAUCUCUUGCAGGGGGUGACGAGGUUUCAGCUGACGUAGAUCUACCUGAGCUGGAAGAGACAAAAGAGGACAGUGAAGUGAAGGAUGACAAUGAGACGCAACAGCAAAGAGUGGAUGAGGAGGUGCAGUCCAUCCAAGGGUUAGAAGGGAGGAAGAGUGCAGCCAGUCUACUGUCGAGGAAAAGCAGUCCCCAGCCUGCAGAAGGCCAAGGGAGCCAGAUACAGACACAGAUGGAGGCACUUGGUGCUGAGGGGGACUUGAAGUCUCCCUCAGUGCAGCUCACAAUGGUGGACGACGGUGAGCGUGUCCAGGUGGUGGACUUGAUGCAGUACAUGCCUCUGGGUGGGGUCUUCCACUACGACGUGUUCCACCUCCCACCACAAGCCCACCAUGUCAAUGGCUGGGAAAUGAGACAGGUGUUGGACACAGAGCUACAAGUGUUUCCCUACCCCACAGAGAAGUCCAACUUGGAUGACAAUGAGGUUCUCUCCUGCCCACCUGUCGGGGUGUCUGUGAUGCUGCCAGACUUUGUUGUGUUCUUAGAAACUCCCCAAGUGGCUCGCUGGGAUGCUGCAGGUAAGCAGUGGAGGAUGGACAGUAUCACUGAUGUGUCUUAUGAAGAAGAAGAGGCCAAGAUCUCCUUCAGGAUGGGCUCCUUCCAAGCUUUUGUGCUUCUGCAGGAAACUUACGCCAACCUUCCAUUCCAGAGCUGGGAACUCAGGCCACUGGGCCAAGACUCUGCUGUUUACACUGUCAGUGGGGCACUCAUCGAUCUCAGUAUCACAGUCCAGGGUGACCAGUGCAUGUUGCAGUCAGAGCAGGAGAAAGGCCUCUCUCACCUCCUUGGAAAGUGGAUGAGCAGCCCCGCCCUGCAGAGAGCCAUGCUCAACGCGGGGAUCAACAUCUUUGUGAAUGAAUACACCGACAAAUAUGUCAGCUCCCUUGGCAAGGACCCACUUACAGAACAUGCUGCCUACGAACAGAUGGCCCUCUUCGCCUCUGCCUGUGCUUUCUCAUGGAGCAAGUGGAAUGCCAAAUGUGGAGCUGAGCAUCUGGUCAUACAGGUGUGUGAGCACCACGGCCCCGGCCCUGUGCCCAAGGACUCGUGGAGUCUCUACUUGCUGGGGGCUCAGAGGAGUCAGAAGCUGGAAAUGACAGAGAAGAGUGAAGCUUUCUCCCCAGACCAUCAUCCUGGCAGUGAGUUUCACUCCACCUUCAUCCACAUGCUCCAGGACAACAUGAGCACUGAUGGCAUAGCUAGGACCAGAGAAUCCAAUUAUCUGUUUGUCGAUACAGUGCAGAGUCUGCUCUGUGCCACUAGACCCCUGAUGUAUUCUUAAACCUGUGUGAAAUUAACUUUUUAUUAACUUUAUUUU